CAGCUGUGUUUCCAGGUAUCCUAUCAAUUUGUAGGGAACAACACGAUGGCGACACUUCUUGGCACUAGGGCGCCCGCAUUCUUUGGUUCACGCCUGACCUCUAGUCGACCUGUUGCGCCUCGUCGCUCAACCGCAACCACAACACAUGUAGUAGCAGCUUACGGCGACCUUCCUAAGGUCGGCGGCGGUAGGAAAUGGGAGCACUUGGAGAUUGGGCCGGGCGGCAAGGCUGUGCGCGUGCCUAUGCACGUCAGGAAGGGAGACUACGUCCAGGUUAUUGCUGGCAAGGAUAAGGGGAAAGUGGGCACUAUCAUCAAGGUGCUUGCCAAGAAGGGCAAGGUCGUUGUGGAGGGAGUGAACGAGGGACAGAAGCACAUUACGCCCCGCAGCAAGGAGGAGACGGGUCAAAUCAAGACGAUGGAGUUUCCAAUUCACCAUUCGAAUGUCAUGCUCUACUCAAAGGAGAAGAGCGUGCGCAGCCGGGUAGGCCACAAGGUGCUUGAGGAUGGCAAGAAGGUCCGCUUCCUCAUCAAGACGGGCGAGAUUAUCGACUAAUUGCAGCAGCGGUUCAUCACUCGGAGGCAAUUCGCUGGAGCUGCGCCCGCGGAGUUCACCGCGUGAGCCAUGCAGGCAUUUUUGGAGUUUUGUAGACGCGGAGCGGUCUUUUUGGGGGAAGGCUUGUUGGCUGCAUAUAGUCGGUGCGCAACCAGGCUCAGUUUUCCCUGGUCGAGCCCGGGUUUAUCGCGCAGCUGCGGUAUGCAGCCGGGCAGCCACCAUGCCUUGGCGGGGGCUUCAGAGGAGCACGGUCGCGGGAAAGGUGCAGCUGGUGCAGCUGCGUCCGAUGCACAUGUUUGACUGGCGAUGGGCUGAGCAGAUGGCUUUUGGAGUUACCCUUGAGGCCUUUGGUUUGGUGCAGUAACACCAUGGGUGUUCAAGCCGUCUGUUGGCGACGGUAUCCGUGCCCCCAAUGCAAACGUGUUGUGCCGCUGUCAAGGCGUGUUGGGUGAUAGAGACGUUUAAGACCCAGUUGAGGGUGUGCCUUGCGUAACUGAGGGUUGGGUUAGGUUACGUUAGAUGCGGUAGUGUAUCUUGAGAGAGUGUUCUGUACCGGUACGGUGAAAGCGAGGACAGAUAGGCUAAGAGCUAGGAGCCAUGCGGGUUUGCAAGGGCGGAUGGCGGGUACUAACUGUCAUGGUACGGCAGUUGACGUGACAAGGAGUAGUAACUGGCAUGUACGACAAGCCGUACUGCAUGGCGAUCUUAGUUUAUAUGUAAAGCAUAUGUAGUUCG